AUGGGUGGCAAAGCCGGCGACAAACAAUGUGCCGAAGCCUUGGGGGGCGACCUCCCGAACUGGCUGGCCCACUACGGCUUCAUGGUUUGCAUUGUAGACCUCAAGGCCGAGAAGGGAACGGAUGUGAUCGAUGAGGCCAUCUUCGGCUUCAUCGAGAAAGACGUCGUCGCUGGCAGCUUUGAGGUCAUCUGGUGCUCGACGCCCGCCAAGGCACCAGACAAAGAAGCCAAGGUCCUGACCGACAGGACCCACGACGUCCUCGCAGCCGCUUGGGAUCAACACCGCACCUGGGGACUUGAGAACCCUGCGGCCGACGGUGACAACCCGUCCUUGUGGGAAGCCCCGUUGAUAAGGCGGCUGGCUCAGCUCGACAGAGUGGUCACGGUAAACUUCGAUCGCUGUCGACUGGGCCACGCUACUCGGGGGCCAACUCAACUUCUGGUCGCGGACCACGUGAACUUUCUGGACCUCCAUGGCUUGACUUGCAACCAUUCAGUCAACGCCCACAAGGAGAAAGCGUCCCCAACCAAGCAGCGAGGUGAGUACACACCUCACCUCUCACAGGUCGUGGCCAAUGCGCUUUACCAAGGAUACCGGCUCCAAUCCUUUGAAAAGGAAGAUCUGUGA